GCUAUCUGAUCCGGGCAAAGCCAUUACAAUUUAGAUCUCUAUCUAUAGAACAUUUUUUUCUCCUUAAAAAAAUUGGAAAAUACACGAAGUUUGGAUUUUUUCCCGAUUCUUUUUUUGGAGGGGGAAAUUGCAUCGUAAGCUUUUGGAGAAACCCAACAUGUCAACUACCUUUCCGGGACUAGUCCACGAUGCCGAGAUACGUCACGACGGAUCAAACAGCUACCGUUUGAUGCAGCUUGGCUGUCUGGAGUCCGUAGCCAAUUCCACUGUCGCCUAUUCCUCCUCCUCUCCUUUAACUUACUCCACCACCGGCACCGAGUUCGCAUCCCCCUACUUCUCCACUAACCACCAGUACACCCCGCUCCACCACCAGUCCUUCCAUUAUGAGUUCCAGCACAGCCACCCGGCCGUCACCCCCGACGCCUACUCUCUGAACUCGCUCCACCACUCGCAACAGUACUACCAGCAGAUCCACCACGGGGAGCCCACCGACUUUAUCAACCUGCACAAUGCGCGGGCGCUCAAGUCGUCCUGCCUGGACGAGCAGAGGCGGGAGCUGGGCUGCCUUGAUGCCUACCGCCGCCACGACCUGUCCCUCAUGAGCCAUGGCUCUCAGUACGGAAUGCACCCAGAUCAAAGGCUCCUGCCAGGGCCCAGCCUGGGGCUGGCCGCCGCGGGAGCAGACGACUUGCAGGGCUCCGUGGAAGCCCAGUGUGGGCUUGUUCUCAAUGGCCAAGGUGGAGUGAUAAGGAGAGGUGGCACCUGUGUGGUCAACCCCACAGAUUUGUUUUGCUCCGUGCCUGGCCGUUUGUCCCUUCUCAGUUCUACUUCUAAGUACAAGGUGACCAUUGCUGAGGUGAAGAGGCGUCUCUCACCACCUGAAUGCCUAAACGCUUCACUCUUGGGAGGCAUUUUGAGAAGAGCAAAAUCCAAGAAUGGAGGCCGCUGCCUCAGAGAGAAACUGGAUAGGCUUGGCCUGAACUUGCCAGCAGGAAGACGGAAGGCUGCCAAUGUCACUCUCCUCACUUCGCUAGUUGAAGGGGAAGCUUUACACUUGGCUCGGGAUUUUGGCUACACUUGUGAGACAGAGUUUCCAGCCAAAGCAGUAGGAGAACAUCUUGCCAGACAACAUAUGGAACAGAAAGAACAGACAGCAAGAAAAAAGAUGAUCCUAGCCACCAAACAAAUUUGUAAAGAGUUCCAAGACCUUUUGAGCCAAGAUAGAUCACCACUGGGAUCCUCUAGACCCACUCCAAUUCUCGACCUUGAUAUCCAGAGACACUUAACACAUUUCAGUUUGAUCACUCAUGGCUUUGGGACUCCAGCAAUAUGCGCAGCCCUAAGCACGUUCCAAACAGUCCUCAGUGAAAUGCUGAACUACUUGGAAAAACAUACUACUCACAAAAAUGGCGGAGCGGCAGAUUCUGGCCAAGGACAUGCCAACUCGGAGAAAGCCCCCCUGCGGAAAACUUCAGAGGCUGCUGUGAAAGAAGGCAAAACAGAAAAGACAGACUAGCUACAUCAAACAGAAUCCAUUUCCAGAGAGUCUUGCUGCUGAUAUUUUUUCUAAUAUAUAUAUGUCAUUGAGGGUGAUUAAUCUUCAGUGGACCAAUCUCUGCCCUCCCCCAAUCUUCCAUUAAAAGCAAAAAUGGAAAUGAAAAAUUAAAUAAAAAAGACAAAACCAGAAAAAAUAGAAAAAAAAGGAAAACAGCAGUGUAACCAUGUGAUGAAAUUGUCACUUUUUAAUUUUUAUGUUAUGAUAACCUUUUUGUGCACGUAAUUUAUUGUCCUGAAUUAUCUACAUCACAGUUUUCCAGCACUUCUGGACUUGGGAGAGUCAGCACAUGGCUUUUCACACCUAACCGAUGCACUUUCUUAUCCAGCUGUAUAGUUAGGAAUCAGAAAGCAUGCCCAAACUGGAAUACAUCAUGGGGGCUUACAGCACAAGUCUUUCUUAACACCUUGUAAAGAAAAAGAAAGAAAAGAGAAGAGAAAAGAGUGCCUCUUUCAAUAAGUAGAUCAAUUUGGCCAUCUAUUCACCAAUCAAUGCUUCAGGAACUGAAAAAAAUAGCAGUUGUAAAUCUUUGUCCUGUGAAUCAUCAGCAAUUCUAAAAUUUUGGUCACCCCUGGCCCACUGAACUACCAGUGCCUUGGUGGUAUUUUUAAAAAUCCAGAAAACUGUCCCUUCUAUGAUAUUGCUAUUCUUAUCCCAUCCUAAGUUCAUUUUGUUUUCCCCAAUAGCUAAGAAAAGACUCAGCCAGCGUAAGAUGGAAGAGAUAAGAGAUGAACUCUUUUAUCCACUCUCCUCAUAUCCCAGCAUUUCAAGGAAACAAACUGCCCUGAAUGGGACAGGCAGGGUGGACACAGGAAGGGUAUCUUUGCCACUUUGGGGAUCCCAGGGGAAAACAGUGAUAUUGUCUUGCCUGGAAAAACUGGGGACUAGGGACAGUGGCCUUUCCAGGAAAGCAUGCAUCUCAGAGACAGAAGCACCCAGGGAGUCAGUGGAGGCCCCUUGAAUCAUGGUGGCCGAUGAUUUUAUGGUUAAAAAUGAGAGUUGUUCUUUUUCUACCUUUGUGCUUCUCCUACCUUUUCAAUAGCUGUGUUCUAAACCUUUAGAGGCACAGAAAUAUUCAGGUCUGUGUUCAAUAAAGAAAACAAAAACAGAAUGAUCAGAGACUUUUCCUUUUAAGAUGCUUCCCUUUUUUAUACUGGACUCCUAGCUUUGUUCUCCUUUAGUUAAGACACUGAAAACUAGACCACUUAUGGUCGCAAAGACCCGGGGCUAAUUAAAGGGAAAGUUAGGUCCAUUUAACCUAGAAUGUGUCAAGAAACCUGACUGGUACCACAUUGUUCUAACCUUUCUACUGUCAACAAAUUUCAAACUUCUAGGCAAAUAAAGAUAUAGGUCAUUGUCUAUGAAAAAUUUUAAUGUAUAUGGAUUUCCAAACUAAGUUUUCAUGAAAAUAUUCUCUGAUUAACACAGUUUAACCACUUCCAAAAGUCGAAUAACUCCAAGGGGGCUAUUAACAUUGUUCUUAAUUGAGAGUAUGUUUCUCAUGUAACAAUCACAAAAUUAUGUUUAUCCAACAUUAUUUCUUCAAUUUUUUACCUUUAUCUUCAAUUUGGCACAGAAAAUAGGAACCAUAAACAAUGAAAAUUAAAAUUACUGGCUAAAUUUAACAGAAGACACUACUAAGGAACUCUAUAAUAAAGGGGAUUUAUAGUUACACAGUAGAAGAGUUUAAAAUAAAGAAAUGUAAAAGUAACAAAUUGUGAUUUCAUGUGUUUAUCUAGCUCUUCUUAAAAUUUUUUACCAUUAUUUGUGACUUUAAAAUCUUUUAAAAUAAAUAGAAAAGCUGAGCUUCUGCUUUAGGUCUGGAUUUCAUCACAAAUCAGUUUCCAUUUUACAUGAAAUUUUGCAUAUUGUAAAAUAUACACUUGAAAAAUAUGAAUAUUUCAGUUUAAUAAGUAGUAGGAAAGCUAUAUACAAAUAAUGUGGGCUACAAAUAUUUCCUAAAUGAAAUUUCCACAUUAGCUUUCUUUUUUCCUUUAAUUAUUAACAAUACACAUGUAUUUAAUAUGACAUUUAUGAUAUACAUAUCUACAAGGUACUUAAUGUAGUUACAUACCAUGUGAAAUAUUCACCAUUAAUCAGAUAAAAAAUUAGAUCUGAUUUAUUGUUCCAGCUUACUUUUCUACCCAUGGUUGUGACCAGUUGGGGUUCUUACACUUCAAUGGGGUAUUGUUAUUUAUUAACCUUGGGAACAAAAAGUAUCACUCUAAUUGCAAUGCGUAUUAAUUACCAAGAUUUAGGGUGUUUUAAAAACUUCAAAUGGACAGCACCCUUCAUUUAACUUAACCAGUCAUAGGACAUAAAUGAUUUGAUGGGCUGGUCAUGUUUAAAGUCAUUAUUUAUUACCAUAUUCUAAUAGACAUUGUUAACAUACCAACUUUUGCCUUGUAUAUAAUAGAUACUCAACACUUUUUAAAUAAAUGA